AUGGCGGUAGCUUGCUCUGAUGAUGUUGGUCACAUGACGGAUGAAAGCUUAGCACCUUAUCGCCGGAAUCGAAGCAGAGUGCCUCGGAAACAGCGUCAGCAUGAAUCUUUCAGUAAAGCCAAUCGACUGCUGGUCAAGAGGAAUCCGCCAUCGUCUUCUGGUGGAACCGACCUUGGAAUCUCUUCACCAAACACUUUCACUCGAAAUGGAAGUAAGCCCAACAGAGAAGAACUAGACGAUUUCCUGAUCUUCAUAAACGAAAUCGUGAAAAAGUCAAAUAUACCAUGGAUGUGA